GGCGCGGGCGGCCGGCUCGGGAUGGUGCUCCUGCCCCUCUGGCUAGUGGCAGCCGCGCUCCUGGGGGCCCGCGCUGCGCCCGGCCGGCAGACUGGUAAAGAACAGCAGAUCCAAAUAGGCCUGCGAAGCAGCAGCCCGAGGCCGUACGGGUUGGUGAUCCCCAUCAGCACCAGCGCAGAUGGAAGCUUCGUGUCCCACGUGCUGUCGGCGCGGCACCAGCGGCGCUGGGCGCGGGAGGCGCCGCACGGCCCCCGCCAGCUGUUCUUCAACGUCACCGCCUUCGGCAGGGAGCUGCAGCUGCGCCUCACGCCCAACACCCGCCUGGUGGCUCCCGGCGCCGUGGUGGAGUGGUACGAAGACUCUGCCGACACCGGCGGGGCCAACUCCAGCCACGGCACGGAGCGCCUGUGGAAGAGAGAGCCCCUGUGGACCAACUGUGCCUACGUGGGGGACAUCACCGACAUCCCCGGGGCUGCCGUGGCCAUCAGCAACUGCGACGGGCUGGCUGGAAUGAUAAGAACUGAUGAGGAUGAAUACUUCAUUGAGCCUUUGGAGAGAGGGAAGCAGAUGGAAGAGGAGAAGGGAAGGAUCCACAUGGUGUACAGGCGGUCGGCGGUGGCGCAGCGUCCCCCCGCCGAGCUCCCCGAUGUCCACACUGAAGAGUCCCUCCUGGCUGGCCUCGGAGCGCUGCGUUCCCUGCACGGCCGCAUCGAGCAGCAGCUCAACGAGACCCUGCGGCGCCGCCGCCACGCCGGAGACAACGACCACAACAUCGAGGUGCUGCUGGGGGUGGACGACUCUGUGGUCCGGUUCCACGGCAAAGAGCACGUCCAGAACUACCUCCUGACCCUCAUGAACAUCGUGAACGAAAUCUACCACGACGAGUCCCUGGGUGUCCACAUCAACGUCGUGCUGGUCCGAAUGAUCAUGUUGGGGUACGCGAAGUCCAUCAGCCUGAUCGAACGGGGGAACCCCUCGCGCAGCCUGGAGAACGUGUGCCGCUGGGCCUAUCAGCAGCAGAAGUCGGACCCCAGCCACGCCGAGCACCACGACCAUGCCAUCUUCUUAACCAGGCAAGAUUUUGGGCCCGCUGGUAUGCAAGGAUAUGCUCCUGUGACAGGCAUGUGCCACCCGGUCCGGAGCUGCACCCUCAACCAUGAGGAUGGGUUUUCAUCAGCCUUUGUUGUUGCUCAUGAGACUGGGCACGUGCUGGGCAUGGAGCACGAUGGGCAAGGGAACAGGUGUGGGGACGAGACGGCGAUGGGCAGUGUCAUGGCCCCCCUGGUGCAGGCCGCCUUCCACCGCUACCACUGGUCCCGCUGCAGCGGCCAGGAGCUCAGGAGAUACAUCCACUCUUAUGACUGUCUCCUGGACGACCCUUUUGAGCACGACUGGCCCAAGCUUCCUGAGCUGCCUGGCAUCAACUAUUCCAUGGACGAGCAGUGCCGUUUCGACUUCGGCGUGGGCUACAGGAUGUGCACAGCUUUCCGAACCUUUGACCCAUGCAAGCAGCUGUGGUGCAGCCAUCCUGAUAACCCCUACUUCUGCAAGACCAAGAAAGGGCCUCCCUUGGAUGGCACGGAGUGUGCCCCAGGAAAAUGGUGCUACAAGGGUCACUGCAUGUGGAAGAACACGAACCAGUUGAAGCAGGAUGGGCACUGGGGACCCUGGACCAAGUUUGGCUCCUGCUCACGGACCUGCGGAACUGGAGUUCGGUUCCGCACGCGCCAGUGCAACAACCCAAUGCCCAUCAAUGGAGGCGACGACUGCGCCGGGGUCAAUUUUGAGUUCCAGCUGUGCAGCACCGAGGAGUGUCCCAAGCACUUUGAGGACUUCAGGGCUCAGCAGUGCCAGCAGCGCAAUUCCCACUUCGAGUUCCGGGGCAGCCGCCACCACUGGCUGCCCUACGAGCACCCCGACCCUCCCAAGAGAUGUCACCUGUACUGCCAGUCCAGAGAAACGGGGGAUGUGGCUCACAUGAAGCAGCCGGUGCACGACGGGACUCGCUGCUCCUACAGGGAUCCCUACAGCGUCUGUGUCCGUGGGGAAUGCGUGAAAGUGGGCUGUGACAAGGAAAUUGGCUCCAGCAAGGCUGAGGACCAGUGCGGGGUCUGCGGCGGGGACGAUUCCCACUGCCGGACCGUGAAGGGGACCUACACCCGCACUCCCAAAAAGCUUGGGUACCUCAAGAUGUUCGACAUCCCUCCUGGGGCUCGACAUGUGUUUAUCCAAGAGGAUGAGGCCUCUCCUCACUUUCUUGCAAUCAAGAACCAGGCUACAGGACACUACAUCCUGAAUGGCAAAGGGGAGGAGGCCAGAUCCCGAUCCUUCAUCGAUCUGGGCGUGCAGUGGGAGUACAGCAUCGAGGACAACACGGAAACGCUGCACACGGACGGGCCCCUGCACGAUGCCGUGGUGGUGCUGAUCAUUCCUCGGGACAAUGACACCAGGUCCAGCCUGACUUACAGGUACAUCAUCCACGAGGAUUCGGUGCCGACCAUCCACAGCAACAACGUGCUGCGGGAGGACACGGACACCUUCGAGUGGGCCUUGAAGAGCUGGUCCCAGUGCUCCAAGCCUUGUGGUGGAGGGUUCCAGUACACCAAGUAUGGGUGCCGCAGGAAGAGCGACAACAAGAUGGUUCAUCGAAGCUUCUGCGAAGGCAGCAAAAAGCCAAAGCCCAUCCGUAGGAUGUGCAACCUGCAGGAGUGCACAGAGCCCCUCUGGGCAGCAGAUGAGUGGGAGCACUGCACCAAAACGUGUGGGAAUUCAGGCUACCAGCUCCGCACGGUGCGCUGCAUCCAGCCCCUCCCGGACGGCACCAACCGCUCCGUGCAGGCCAAGCUGUGCAGCGGGGAUCGGCCCGAGAGCCGGCGCUCCUGCAACCGGGCACCGUGCCCCGCGCCGUGGAAAGCCGGGCCCUGGUCACAGUGCUCCGUGAGCUGCGGGGAGGGCACGGAGAGCCGGCAGGUGCUGUGCCGCGCCGGGGACCGCUGCGAGGGGGAGCGGCCAGAAUCCGUGAGGCCUUGUAAACUGCCUGCCUGUGACGAUGAGCCCUGCCUGGGAGACAAAUCCAUCUUCUGCCAGAUGGAAGUGCUGGCCCGGUACUGCUCCAUCCCUGGCUACCACAAACUGUGCUGCGAGUCCUGCAGCCGGCGAAGCAGCAGCAGCUUCCCUGCAGCCGGAGGGGCUGGCACUGAGGGGGAUGCAGCGCUGGAUCCGGGCAGCCUGCCCAGGGCUCCCACGGUGCCCACGCCUGCGCUGCCUGCCCAGGCUCAGCUCCUGCCCGGGAGCAGCUCUCCAAGCCGGCUGCCUCUGGAAGCACAGCAGGCUGAGCAGCACCUCCCACCGUCCAGCCCCGAGCCCAGAGGUGCCAGCAUUCCGCACUGGAGAGCUCCUCUGGCUGGGAAGACUUCACGGCUGUUGGCUUUCCUGCACCAGGCCCCUGCCAACAGCAGUGCCCCAGCGCUGGCUCUGCCGCUGGUGCCAGCACAGAACAUGGCAGCAGGGGCUCCCGCGCCAGCCAGGACCUCUGGGAAGGGCGAGGAGCGCCUUGGGAAGCGAUGGCCUCCGAGGGCUGCCCCUGUGGAACGAUGAGCGGGAAGGCUUGUGCGGGACAGCCAUGGAAAAGGGGGCUGUUUGGCACGGCUCCCUGGCCUCUGGACAGUGCGGAGCGCACUGCAUGCCCCGGGCAGGGCCCUGCAGGGCACAGCUCGUCCCCUGUAAAUACAAAGGACAAGAAGUGCUGGUUCACUUUCUGGUGCUCCCGGCCUCCUCCUGCCCCUCAUCCCUGCCCGGCUGGGACACGCAGAGGAAAUACUGAAGGAACCUUCCUGGCAGUGAGCGGGAGUCGCCGAGGGCUCCGUCCAGCUCUGGGCCCAAACGUCAGCCCUAACCUCAGCACCCCCUGUGGUUUUGGGCUCUAAACACCCCUACGGUAGGAAACAGCUCACUGCAGGCAGCACCAGGCAUGGACCCUCGAUGGAACUCUUGCCACAGACCUCGUGUCUCCCUGCAAACAGACAUUGCACAAGCACCAAUGCAGCUGCUGGGUCAAUGCAGGAAAUCAGCGUUAUUGUAAGAGUUGUGCUGUCCCACAGCUGUUCACCUGUAUUGUUCCAUCAGGUCCUGCCCUGUGAGCAUUCCAAGGGCUGGUGUUUAAAGCAGCAUUAGCAUAAAAUGUGGACUUUCAUUUGCAUAGGAAUUUCAUUGCUGGCACUAGGAAAGGGUUGGGGGUGUUUUGGGUGUCACCAAGGGGAUGCUCUGUGCAGACCCUGUAGGUCCCUCAAGUGCUGUCCUGGUCCCAGUCCAAGCAGGUUCUGCUCCCUGUGUCCCAGAGACACAACAGGCACCAACAACGCUCCAAACAGGAUGUUUUCCCAACGGGAAGCGUGGAUUUCAAGGUGUGAGAGAUAUUUAUAUUUGCAGUGUGGAUCAACCCUCCCUGCCCACGGUGCACCCGACUGCAAUAAUUAAUUUAUGUCCAUCCCCCUUGUCCCAGCCCCGCCGGCACGUCGCUGUAAAAGACUUGUGUAUAGGAGUGAAACUGCAGUAUUUAUUAAAAGUGGGGUUCUUGACUUUAUUUUAUGUACCAAAUACUUCCUUUUGCCAAGAUCAAAUCAGGAGAUGGAAUCAGAUGCCGUGUCAUACAGAUAGAAUGGAGAUGGAAGCUGCUCGACUGCUGUAGAGGAAUUGUUGAUCUUGUUCUGUGAGGAGGGUUUUUAUCAUGGCUCUCUCUCAGUUCUCAGGAGCACGAGGGAAUAAAACAAACCUUGGACCUCCAUCCACAGGGGCACGUGGGAAUAAAACAAACCUUGGACCUCCCAGGCUUUCCCUGCUUUCACUCACGUGGCAGCGCCUGGUCUGGCAUUUUAAGUUCCCUCUUUUUCACCCAUUUCCAUCCCAGGCAGAGCCUUCCCCGAAUGGAAAUAAAGAUGAAAUAUGUAAACGGGAUUUUUAAAACCAGAA